GAGUGAGGUAGGGAGUCCAGUUGACUGUCAGAGGUGGAGUCGCUAAGACUCGAAAAUCAGCACAGGACAUGAAGACUUUAUACCAAAAACGAACCGUAACGUAGUAUAUUUUUGGUAUCGGAAAAGAGAUAUUUUUUUUUGGAUUUUUUUUUAUUUGAAGGAAAUUGUCAGCCGUUAUGAUGUGGUCUUCAGCAUCAUCAUGCAUCGUCACUAUAAUGUUGAUGCUGCAUUUAGUAGUUGGAGUAUUUGGCCAGCGGCCAUCUUCUAACAAUAAUAAUCGCCUUCAACCUCCUGGAGGCCAGGGUUCUCGUAACCGGUUUCCUUCGUCAAAUUUCCAGCCAGGUGGUUCAUCCUUCAACAACCGACCGGGGAGUGGCCUUCCAUCUCAGUCUGGAUUACCUGCAAGUGGAUUACCUUCCCCGUCUGGUUUUCCUUCAAAUGGCCUUCCAUCGCAGUCCGGAUUUCCAUCGAAUCGGUUCCCAUCACAACCUGGUUUUCCAUCAAAUGGGUUGCCAUCGGGGUCUGGAUUGUCAUCAAGUGGGCUCCCAUCGGGGUCUGGAUUGCCAUCAGGUGGGUUACCAUCUCAGUCAGGACGACCAUCAAAUGGGUUGCCAUCGCAGUCUGGAUUACCAUCAAAUGGGCUGCCAUCUCAGUCUGGGUUGCCAUCAAAUGGCUUUCCAGUACCAUCUGGCUUUCCAAGGCCAUCAGGUUUCCCAUCAGUUAAUCAACGCCCUGGUGGUAGUGGCUUUCCAGGUCCUUCUAACUUUCCCCCAUCUCUAUCUGGUAUCCCAGCUUCUGGCCUGCCACCACCACCAUCUGGAUUCCCAGCAUCCAACCAACGGCCUGGUGGCAGUGGUCUCAGUGGUCUUCCUGGGCCUUCUAACUUUCCCCCAUCAAAUGGACUGGCACCCAAUGUCCCAUCGAAUGGACUGGCACCCAAUGUCCCAUCGAAUGGACUGGCACCCAAUCUUCCAUCGAAUGGACUGGGACCCAAUGUCCCCCCAUCAAAUGGACUCCCACCUAGUGUUCUAAGUCCUUCUGGAUUCCCUCCUCAGUUUGAUCCAAACAGAUUCCGGCCUAAUAUUUUCCGCCCUCCAAGUUUUAAUACGCCUGACAAACAGUCCACCACCAGCUUUGGAACGGACCCACAAACUGAUACCUCACCUGAUACUGAAACAACUCGACCGGCCGAUGAGUGCGAGAUUAAUAAGCAUGGUGUGAAACCAGGAAACCUCACAUGCUUCUCUUGUAAGCUGGAUUUCAAGAAAGAUGGCUACAACUGGUCACAUCCGUGUCUAGGACGACACAAUGGCCUUGGUGUCAGUACAGAUUACUUGGUGACUUGUGGAAACAGAGACAUCUAUUGCAGGGAAGAAAGAACCGAAGUCAACGGCGUGUUGAUUUAUCUUACGAGGGAGUGUACCGACACAUGUUACUACGGCUGUCGGCCAAAGGGCUUCGGCAUAGGCUACGAGGCUUGCGCCAACUGUUGCAACGAGCACGCUUGCAACGACAACUACCCCGUGAGCGGAUAGCCCCGACAUCCAUCGCUGGUGCUCGCUCAUCUUGUCGUGGCAUCGAGAAUCCUUCAGUGGACCAUCAGCGAUGGAUUAGAAUAGGCAGACCUUGGUUCCUAGAUGUAGGAGACCUUACCCUCUUUUGCUCCUCUAGACGAAUUCCUAGAAAGUGCUUCAUUUUAGAUAGUCGUUUCUUAGGUUCUAAAUGAAGCAAGCCUUAUCACACUUGUGUGAGCAAAUCUUCAAUACCCCGUAUUUCGUUUUCAACCUGUAAGUCUUUAACUAUAUUUAUCAUCCCUUUAAUCAUGUUCAUUAUCUACUUUUGACACUAUUGAAUGGAGUUUCAUUUUUCAACAGUUUUGUUCAUUUGGCCAUCAACAGUUUUUGUUUCUCACUUGGACUAAACCCCAUUGAUCGUUUCAGAGUUUCUCACUCAUCUUGACAUUGUUGAUGUCUUAUGACACCACAUGCAUAGCUCUGGUAAAAGCCGGUUUUCUUCAAAGGAAGCCGUGCUCAUGAAGAAUUUAAGUGACCAUUUGACGAAAAAAUUCAACUUUGUGAUCGAUCCAUUCGCUGUUCCGUUGCAGCUUCUACUCAUUUUUGGAGAAAGAAAAUAUAUACAACUACUGUGCGCAAGUCAUUUUAUUCAGUAGGCGUGAAUAUUUGCAAAUAAUUACUGAAAUUGGGAAUGGUUUCCUUUUUAAAGCUAAUCUUCAUGGAAGCAUAACAGAUGAAGAGUCGAAUUCCCCUGAGGGUUUGACUGCCUUGUAAAUAUUUACAAAUGUGUUUAUUCAUCUUCAUCUGAAUUUUGCAGUGACGAGAACCCAUCGUACCUAAAAUACAAAUGAGACAUGAAUGUAGGCACUGAAGAAGCCUUUAUUGUUCUUUCAGGCAUUCCUAAUCCAAUAAUACAAAAUAGCCUCUUAAAUACUAUUGUAUGGUUUGUGACCGAACCCGCGUAUUCAAUUACUCAUUAUGUAAAAUAGUAUCAGUAAUCUUUUAUCAUAUCCAAAGCUGCUUCUUGCUUGUGCAUUGACAUCUUGUAAGAGCUAGAAAUGAAAUGAAUGCAGAGCAGCAGCUUGCAAUAUUUAUAAAGUUUCUUUCUGUACAAAGUAAAUAAAUAAAUCUCUAUAGAAAUUCCUAAAGACGUUCUGUAUUGUGCAUAACGCAUUGUUUAUUGUGGAAAGUGCUGUUAUACUAAAGCAUUCAUUCGCUUGCAAAACCUGUCGUAUUGUACGUGUACUAUUCAGUAGCAGUAGAGCCUCGGUAAUGCGAAUCUGGAUAAACCUAUCUCUUGACUCUAACAGUAGACUUCACCCUUAGUACAAAUAAUUACGUUAACAAAUAAUAUAUUUAUGGCGCUGGUGGCUUUUAUGUUUGUCUCGUUUUGUUGGGUCACAUCAGCUGUUUAAACAGGUUAUGAAGAACAUUAAAAACGGUCUUCAUAUGUCUGUUUGAUGACUUUGUAACCCAUAUCAAAAGUUUCCUCUCUCUCUCUCUCUCUCUCUCUCUCUCUCUCUCUCUCUCUCUCUCUCUCUCUCUAUUAUCAGAAGUAAAGAAAAAUAUGGAUUUCAUAUUUCUCUGUAGCCAACAUGUUCGCCAGCAAAAUUAUUUUUUGUUACAGAAAGGUGGAAGAAUUAUGUAAAAAAGGUAAUCUUAAAUCAGCAACUCCUUUAUUUAUCCAGUAAUGAAACACGGUCUGGCCAAACACAUGAAAAACCAAACGUCUUGCACUUCAUUUAAUCACUUGAAGGAAAUGUCUCGUCAGCAGAAUACUAAAAUGAAUAGUUACAAAAUAUCUUUUAUCAUUACGUACAUAUGUAUGCAGACCUUAUUAAGUUAAAAAAGUAACCUCGGUAACAAUUUUGCGAUAGAUAUCUCAUGCUUCUUUGAAGUGCAGGAUUAUCUUUCAUUUCAUAACGGACCUGAACCGCCUUUCAUUGACUGGUGCAUAAGAAUCGUUAUAAUCCCUUAAUGAAACACUAAGUCAUUCGCGUCAAUCCUGUGAAGAAUGACGAUUGAAUAGGAAGGCUCUACUCUGCUGUAUGGACGCGCAUUCACCGUGUCGCAUAUUGUAAAUAUGUGUGUGUACUGCACUUAAAUGUCUAAAUAUAUGCACAACCAUACUGUGUAUAAACUAACAGUGUUAAUUCAAUUAGACUCCACUUUUCCCGAUAUUUAGCUCUCUUACAUUCAUCCGAGGUACCCUUCAGACAUCCUAAUCUCUCACCAAUGAUAAGCAUUCGUCCUUCUGUCAAUUAGUGGUGAAACACUGUUCUUCCCUGACACUCUGAUGUUUGCUCAUUUCAGUGUAGCACUGUACUUUUUCGUCAGUUCCCCGGACUCCAGUUCGUGCGCAGACCUUGACUCCAUUGACAUCAAUUUUUCCGACCAGACCUUUGAUCAACCUCGUUGUUAUCUAGAGGUUCCUGUAUAUUCGUCAAAAUUUCACGUUUCACUGAAAGUCAGAUUUGCUCAUUUUCCUGUUCUUACAAACAUGCAUGUGUGACGUGGGCAACUUAUUUUUUUUGUCAUAGAGACUUUCACAAAGCGAAAUUAUUUGCAUUGAACUGUAUUUUAUAAGAUAUUUGCAAAUCACUUCACAAAGAGAAAGUUGUCAUCUCCAAAGUACGGUUUUAAAAAAAGCAGGACUAACGAUCUCAUUGCCUCAAGGCCAAAAGUGAGCACGAACACGAUUUCAAUGUUUAAAAAUAGGAUUAUAAAACUUUUAGUCACGUUAUUUACUAUCCCAAUCCUUAAUCAAUUUUCAUCUCUGUCACAAUACAGACUUUCAGCAUUUAAAUAUUUUUUUCCCCUUUUCUUUAUUCAAGUUCCUGCGUUGUACUGUAUUCAUUAUUCCCAACCAGUUUGUGUAUUCGUAAAUAAAUAUAUGAG